GGAGGCAGCUGGGAGUUGUUGGUUCCUGAGUGCCGAGGACACGUGUUGAGUAGGUGCACGCAGUCGGAUCCGCGCGGACACGCAGACAUGAGGCCAGGUUUCAGUCCUAGAGGUGGCGGUUUUGGUGACCGAGGAGGUUUUGGUGACCGCGGGGGUCGAGGUGGAGGCCGGGGCGGCUUUGGAGGAGGCGGUUUUGGCGGCGGCGGCUUUGGAGGACGCGGAAGAGGAGGUGAUCGUGGCGGCAGAGGUGGAAGGGGCGGACCCCGUGGAGGAGGAAGGGGCGGACCCCGCGGAGGAGGAAGAGGUGGAUUCGGAGCCGGGAGGAAAGUGGUGGUGGAACCUCACAGACACGAAGGAGUGUUCAUCUGCAGAGGGAGGGAGGACGCGCUGGUGACUAAGAACCUCGUUCCCGGCGAAUCGGUCUACGGGGAGAAGAGGAUGUCUGUUGAGGAAGGAGAAACAAAGAUUGAAUACAGAGCCUGGAAUCCAUUCAGAUCGAAGCUGGCAGCCGCCAUCUUGGGUGGCGUGGACCAGAUCCACAUUAAGCCCGGUUCUAAAGUCUUAUAUCUGGGAGCUGCAUCUGGGACAACGGUAUCCCACGUUUCUGACCUGGUCGGCCCUGAGGGCUUGGUGUACGCAGUGGAGUUUUCUCACCGAUCGGGCCGCGAUCUCAUCAACGUAGCCAAAAAGCGCACAAACAUCAUCCCGAUCAUUGAGGACGCCAGGCACCCCCAUAAGUACCGCAUGUUGAUAGGAAUGGUCGAUGUCGUCUUUGCCGAUGUUGCUCAGCCGGAUCAGACCAGAAUUGUUGCCAUAAACGCCCACAAUUUCCUGAAGAAUGGCGGCCAUUUCGUCAUCUCUAUUAAGGCAAAUUGCAUCGACUCGACAGCGGCUCCAGAGGCCGUCUUUGCAUCAGAAGUGAAGAAGAUGCAGCAGGAGAACAUGAAGCCCCAGGAGCAGCUGACCCUGGAGCCAUACGAGAGGGACCACGCGGUGGUGGUCGGCAUGUACAGGCCUCCCCCGAAACAGAAGAAAUGAUCCGGCUCUCCAAAAACCCUUUAAGACUUUAUUUUUUAUAUGUAUACCGACUUAUUUUUACGCUGAUUUCCACCUGCAAAGAGUGAAGAUUGUCGGGAGCGCCCGGAAUUUGACCCGUCUACUUCUCCCGUCUGAUCUCAACAGAGCCGAUAUCUGCGUGUGAGGAGCGCACCGAUCUCCGUUUAAUAGAGCAUUGACUAGAAUGGACUCCCUUUUAUA